AACUCAAAUCCGCCAUGGGAAGAAGAACAAAAACCCUUCGAGAAAUUAUAGGAUUAGUCAAAGACAAAGCAUCCUUUUCCAAAGCACUUCUUCUCUCCAAUUCUCAAUCUCUUUCUCUCCACCUAGCCAUCCUACGUGUCACCACCCACUCCACGUAUUCUCCCUCCGAUGAACGCCACCUCGCCGCCCUCCUCUCCUUAGGUGAUUCCUCACGCGCCACCGCAUCUCUUCUAAUCCAAUAUCUCAUGGACCGUCUUCAUCGCACCGGCGACGUAACCGUUGCUCUAAAGUCUCUAAUCACUAUCCACCAUAUUAUUAAACGAGGACCCUUCAUUCUCCAAGACCAACUCUCGAUCUUUCCAAUCACCGGUGGACGGAAUUACCUUAAUCUAUCAGCCUUCCACGACGGUGGUACCGCAGUAACGUUGACCCUUUCUUCUUGGGUUCGAUUCUACGCACGUUAUCUUGAAACCCUCUUGUCCACAUCCAGAACUCUCGGAUUCUUCCUCGGUUCAUCAUCAUCAUCUUCAUCUUCCAUGUUGGAUAAAAACAAACAAGAACAGAGGCUGUCGUCGUUUCUCAAUGGAGACUUGGUACAAGAAAUUGACUCGUUAGUUGGAUUGAUUGAAGAAAUCUGCAAAAUACCCGACAAUUUACAGAUGACUGAGAAUGGAUUAGUUGUCUUAAUUGUGGGAUUAAUAGAUAGCGAUCAUUUGUCGGCGGUGAACGAGUGUUUGAUGCGACUCAGUGAGCUGAAACAGAGACUCGUGUCUUUGAGUUUUGGAGAAUCGGUCGAGUUAAGUUGUAUUUUGAAGAGAAUUGAAGAUUGUAGAAGGAAGAUAGAUACUUUGUUUCCGGCAAGAAAAACAUCGUCGGAAAAUUUGUGGGUUUUUAGCGGCGAAAUGAAGGAGGAGAUGGCAGGCAAUGUGGAGGAGGAAGAGGUAGCGAGAAAAAGAAUAGGGAGGAGAGAGAAGAUGGCUGAGUCAACACGGUUCGAGAAGCGUGAUAAAUCGGUUAGGUUAAUGUUUGGUUCAGGGGAGUUUUCAUUAAUGGUAAUCAAAACUUAAUAAUAAUAAUAAUUACAAAUUAUUUUGUUUAAGCACAAGUA